AUGCCCUCGUCACCAACCUCGGUCCCGGCGACGCCGCGAGUAAUCUCUCCGUCGCCCUCCCUCUCCGAUAGAUCUGACGCACGUGAUGGGUAUUUCGCACCAACGACGCGGUCAGCGGCGCGCCGACAACGUCUCUCCGAAGACACACAGGAUGUACCAGAGUCGGAGUCUACACCCUCGGGCUCGACGCGACGACGACGGCCCCAACGUCGGUCCAAUCCGAAAAUCCCGGCCUCGCCCCCGUCCACCAACGGCAGCGCCUCGAACGGCUUUCUCUUACCGACAUUAAGGAUCCCAGAGACCUUGCGUGACAUCUCGCGAUCGCCAUCACCGCUCGGCAUCAUCCCUCUACAUACCCGUUAUCGCAGUUUCAUUCACCGCCAUGAAAUUCCCCGCAAACUACUGCACGUGUCGAUCGGGUUUCUGACUCUCCACCUUUACAGCCGGGGUAUCCAGACGUUGCAGAUCACCCCCGUGCUCUUUUCUGCACUGGUCCCUAUCGCAGUUACAGAUAUCGUCCGCCACCGUUCGGAGAAAGUCAACAAGCUCUACACGCGCUGCCUGGGCGCUCUUAUGCGCGAGAGCGAGGUCUCCGGUUACAAUGGUGUGAUUUGGUACCUUCUUGGUGCAUAUGUUGUCCUAAGAUUCUUCCCCAAGGAUGUUGGCGUCAUGGGUGUAUUGCUUCUUAGCUGGUGCGACACAGCCGCGUCCACUUUCGGCCGUCUUUACGGCCGCUACACACCUCGGCUCCGACCCGGGAAGAGUCUGGCUGGAACCCUAGCCGCCUGGGCUGUCGGCGUUGCCACGGCCGCGGCCUUCUGGGGUUGGUUCGUGCCUUACAUUGGCACCUUCCCAAAUGACCCAGAAGGUUCCUUUAUGUUCACCGGUCGACUGAAUCUUCUUCCGGACUGUGUCCGGGGUCUUCUGGGCUGGACCGGUGACUCGUCUUCCACCACGAUCACUGGGCCAUUGGCUCUCGGUGUCAUGAGCGUCGUUUCUGGCGUUAUUGCCGCUGGCAGCGAGUUCAUUGACCUGUGGAACUGGGACGACAACCUGACGAUCCCCGUCCUCAGUGGCCUUGGACUUUGGGGAUUCCUGAAAGUCUUUGGUUAA